AUGGCUCUCGCAGACGCGCAGCCGCCGCGGGGUCGAGUUUCGCCGUCGCCGCCCUCCUCAGGUCUUCCAGCCUCCGCCCCCACCCUCACCCUCACUCCACCAACCCCCAGCCAAUUCACGCAGCGACUCGCUGGUCGGCCGGUCCCCGUGCUGACGUGUAGGAACGGGGGACAGCCAGGCAGUGGGAAAGGAGAGGGCAGUGGGAAAGGAGAGGGCAGUGGGAAAGGAGAGGGCAGUGGGAAAGGAGAGGGCAGUGGGAAAGGAGAGGGCAGUGGGAAAGGAGAGGGCAGUGGGAAAGGAGAGGGCAGUGGGAAAGGAGAGGGCAGUGGGAAAGGAGAGGGCAGUGGGAAAGGAGAGGGCAGUGGGAAAGGAGAGGGCAGUGGGAAAGGAGAGGGCAGUGGGAAAGGAGAGGGCAGUGGGAAAGGAGAGGGCAGUGGGAAAGGAGAGGGCAGUGGGAAAGGAGAGGGCAGCGGGAAAGGAGAGGGCAGCGGGAAAGGAGAGGGCAGCGGGAAAGGAGAGGGCAGUGGGAGGGAGGGGCACAGUGAAGGAAAUGCAACCCGAGAAGGAAGAGUGGGCUGCAGUAAAUCUGUAUCCUCUGUGUGCCAGGCACGAACUCACUGA